CGCAACAUUUGUGGCUGACGUUUCUACUUCCGGUUCACUUGACGCUGUGCACCAAUCCGGGAAUUGCAUUUUUUUGGUGUACUCUUAAACGAGCUCCUUUAAAGCAUUCUCAUCGGGAGGUCACCUGCUUUACAGACGUGAGUGGGAAAUGCGGAGAAGAAAUCCAGGUUACGACGAACAACUGGAAAACGAAAGAAAAUGACGAGUCCAGCAGACGUCACUGUAGAUGUUCUUCACCCUGAGAAAUACAAUCCCAUCCACGUUAAACAGGAGGCGGAGUCCGAGAUGCCGUGUAUCAAACAGGAGGCGGAGCCCGAGACCCCCUACAUUAAAGAAGAAGAACUGGAAGAUGAAAUUUCCAAGUUUCCAAUGUGUGUCAGUGUGAAGAUCGAAGAAGACGAAGGUCCAAGGGAAGAGAGCGGAUCAGCGAAACAUUGGGGCGACAGCUCAUUUCAGCACCUGACAACAAAAGGAGAGGGACAAUCGCAAACAGACAGCCUCUUUGCUCCGCUUUCAGACAGCGACGACGUAACAUCACACUCAUCUGACUUCAACACUGAUGAGGAGGAAGAUGACUUUGACCAAAACGCUUCAAAAUCCUCAAACAUGUCAUCACAGAAAAGAAACACUCAAGAAAGAGCGGUGAGGAAAGGUUUUCCCUGCUCACUUUGCGGUAAAAUAUUUUCUAGGAAAUAUCUGUUAAAAAUGCACAUGUUGACACACACCGGGGAGAAGCCUUAUAGCUGCACAGUUUGCGAUAAAAGAUUUUCUCGCAGUUCUAGUUUAAUUAGACAUAAACGUACACACACGGGAGAGAAACCUUACGCCUGCACACUUUGCGAUAAACGAUUCGUCGACAAGUGCAGUUUAAAAAUUCACACAAAAACACACACUGGAGAAAAGCCUUUUGCCUGCGCAUUUUGUGGUAAACGAUUCCCCCAUAAGGCAAAUUUAAACAAACACACCACCACACACACUGGAGAGAGGCCUGUCGCCUGCUCUUUAUGCGAUAAAAAAUUCCUCAGCAAGUCCAGUUUAGAAGUUCACACAAGAACACACACCGGUGAAAGGCCUUUUGCCUGCACACUUUGUGGCAAACGUUUUGUCGGUAAGGGAAGUUUAAAAAAACACGCAUGGAGACACACUGGAGAGAAGCCUUUCGCCUGUACACAUUGCGAUAAAAGAUUUUCUCUGAAGAAUCUUCUAGAAAGGCAUAAGCGUAUACACACUGGAGAAAAGCCUUUUGCCUGCACACUUGGUGGUAAAAAAUUCACACAGGAGGAACAUUUUGGUCAAAAAUUCACUCAGGAGGGACAUUUCGUAUCGCACACAAGCAACCACGCCUUAGAGAAACCUUUCGCUUGUACAAUUUGUGGUAAAAGAUUCGUCGAUAUGGGAGAUUUAAACAAACACACAAGUAGGCAUGCGCCGGUUACCGUUUUCAAGGUUUACCGUGGUAUGAAAACGUAACACACUAAAAUUUUCUGUCAUACCCAGUGCUUAAUUUGUAAAUCAUAAGGUGCCGGAAAGCAAGGUACACAUGGCAGCGCAGGGAUGACGAGACGGUCACAGGUCCUGGAACAUACACAGAAAAUUGUGCUGAAACAACACGCAAAUGCACACUUGCCAUGCUGUGGGACUUAGAAGUAGGGGUAGGACAAAAUAUCGAAAUGGUGAUUUAUCAUGAUACUUUGUAUCCCAAAAGGUUAUCGAUAUGCUCCUGCCAAGAAUCAAGAUAUCGAUUUAAUAAGGUACCAGUGUUUAAAUAAAAAAAAAACAACAACGUAUUUUUAAUUGUUUCAGUGUCCCAAAAACGUAUUUAUACGUCUUUUACAUUUUUUUUUACAUUUUUUUUUUACAAGAGGCAUCUCUAGGUUCUGUUGCACCUAAACUGCAAUGCACAAUGCUCAAAACUCAUUUUAAACCAAUAAAACUGACUACUGGAUGGCAGUAGCGCAUUUUGUAAGAACUCAUCUCGGGCCAAGAAAGGAAGUGAAGGAAAAAUGGUCAGUAAACGGAAGUUGGAGGGAUCUUGUAAAGACGCGUGAGAAUUUGAGAAAAAUGUGGAGAACGAUCAGAAAAAAUAGGCAAACAACACUGGAGGAGUGUUUUGAAAAGAAAACGAAACCAUCGUCAAAGAAGGAUUAAAAAAAAUAUCUUGAUGAGACAGACGGUGACGGCCACCACAGCGUCAGGCUCCACACGGGUUCUGCGGAGCUCACGUUGCGUUACUCCUUAGCCCGAGGUUGAAACCAACGAUGAAGAUGAUGAAAAAAGUGAGACUGAUCUUGAGCCGGACUCAUCAGAUUACUGGGAGCCACCUCCUUCAACAGGGAGCAGCCGAGAGCCUUCCCCUUUGUUAUGUGCGCAAAUAGAUCAACAGUUCAAUAGUUUAGUUAUGUGUAAAUAAAUUGUUACUUUGCGAUCAAAAGCUCUAUUUGUCUUGUUGUUUAUGUUAUUUUGUAGAACGAAAACAUCAGAUGUUUGGGGUGUCACAAAAGCGAAAAAUAGCUGUUACAGUCAAAGUUAUGUUUGAAAUGUAUGCUUUCGCAAAAAGCUCAAUUUCUCUGUUUUUCAUCAGAAAUUGGAAAAUUGCUCAAACUAAGCUAUUUUCUAAUGCUGAUUUCUAAAGAAUGGAAAAAGAUAUGAACUCACUUUUUUUCUGCUGAAAGAAGAGAGUCUAAUCUUUCUUUUGGUGGGUUCCAUGUUUACGUAUGUAGCAAUUAGGGCUGCAGCUAUCGAAUAUUUUAGUAAUCGAGUAAUCGACUGAAAAUUCUAUCGAUUAAUCGAGUAAUCGGAUAAAACAAAUAUAUUUUUAGGUGAAGAGCAAUUAUAAAUAUACAUGAGAAAACGAGACAUUUCAUCUAAUCUUGAACCAUUUUCAGUCAAUCAAUGUCUUUCUUUUCGAUGUAUAUUGUUGAAAACAGCCAACAAUUGCAUCUCAGAUGUAACUAGAAUUUUAAAAAAAGACAAAUUCACUGCUUUCACUCAAAAAACCUUUAAAUCUUAUUAAAAAUAUAUAUAUAUUUAUACCUAAAAAUGCCAUUACGCUUGAUAACACACAUCACUUAAAAGUUAGGAUUUUUUCCCACCUGUUUCAAUUGAAUUUCUAUUUGUGUCAAGCCAUUUUUAAGUUCUAGUUAAGUUUUACGCUACUCUAAACUGUAAGUCCUGAUAGGAUUUUGUGUUUUUGCAGUGUUCAAGAUAAAUGUAUGAUACAGGCUGUAUUGGAGCACAUUAGGGACCAGUGCUACUUGGUGUUUUAUCCAGCAAUGACUACUAAGCUAAAAUUGAUGGUUAGCAUUAUUGAGUUUUUAUUUUACACCCUUAUCACUCCACAAAGCUAUGUUAUGUUAAAGCCUGUAUGUAAGACACAUUAGCCACGCAUCGAAAGUGGUCAUAAUUAAUAGAAACUUAGCCCUUCGCAGGGCUAACGUUACGUGAGCUAGUGACUCAGACAUUAAUGUUAAUCUUAUUUUUUAGCGCUUAGCGCUCUUUAUUAGCGCUUAGCACUCUACUGCUUUAAGAUGGUCGCUGUUUAUUAACGCUGCCCAGACGCGGCCGAGUCUAUCAUAAUGCAUCUAGUUCAACAUACAUGUGAUCUCUAUGAGACUCCUCAGAUGCUACCUGCUACCAACUUAACAUUAUGCGGGCUAGUUUUUAGCAACGUCGGCGUAGUUUGGAGCGGCUGUCGGCUGCGGAAAUGUUUUUUAUAUUUUUUUAGUGCUUCUUCCUCUACGCACGUCAGCGCGUUGCCCCGCAUUAAAAGUAGUCCGAGCGAAACUUGAUGCUUAGAGCUGUCAAAAUAAACGAUUACUCGAGGUGAAUAAAAUUACUCGGAUCAGUUUUUAAACUCGAGUUGCUCGAGUAUUCGUUUCAGCUCUAGUAGCAAUAGAAGAGAAUUUUCUGUGGGCCUUGCAAAAUCAGUAAAAAUCCAGUAAAACAGCCGGGAGCGAAGGGACUUGCUCCGGUGAAAAUGGCUGGGAGUGAAUGAGUUAAGUAUGCCUACCAUUUUCCAAAACAGUCCACACCACGAGCAUGUCCGGAUUCUCCGCCCCCUGUGUGUUUUGGGUUUUACUGCGUGUGUCAGUGGCAAUUCUUUGUGCUUUGGCCACCCACGACCCCACGUAUGAGACUGAAUUGAAUUUAGCCAGUGGAGGUCCAACAAGAUUUAGGAAGAGUAAAUAUGAUAUGGUGAAUGUGAGCAGAGACGUGCAGUGGGAGUGUAAAUCAAGUUCAUUUGAGAAAAUCCGCACUCACAUUCAGCACUUCCAAUGGGAAUACUGUUUACAGCCCAGUGUUGUCACAGAUUACUUUAAAAAAAGUAGAGAUAUCGAUCGGGUCCGAUCACGUCAUUUUCAAAGUAUUGGAAUCGGCGAAAAAAUAUCGGAAUGCCUUUAAAAAAAUUUUUUUUUUUUUUUAAUUAAAUCGUUUUCUAAUUGUAUUUAACGUUACAGACAUAAUAUGUUACACUUAUCCAGAGUCUUUAGUUUAGUCUUAAGGUAGGGUUAUCAAAUUUAUCCCGACAACGGCGGUUACAAUCCCUCUCCCUACGAUUAGAAAUAUCAUGGGAAGCAAUGUGGGGAAGCAAGGUAGUAAUCGAUCUUUUUCUUAACACCCUAUGUUAUUUCCCAAUGCAGAAAAGAUAUAUCCAUUGGUAGCACUACACACAGUCAUGGUUGCACUUCCCAUCAGGCAUUUGGGCAUGGCUACAGUAUCAUUUACUGAAAGCUCAACAAAUACACUAGAUGGCAAU